AUGCGGUUCCUUAUCAUCGGAGGCAGCGGCCGUACAGGCAAGCUAGUGAUUGAUGAUAUCCUCAAAAAAGGACACCAAGUCACUGCAUUGGUCCGGAAACCCACAAGUUUAGAGCAGCAGCCUGGUCUAGACAUCGUGAAAGGCACCCCCCUCGACGUAUCCGAUGUGCGAAAUGCCUUCAACCUCGACAUCCCAGACACUGUAAUCGUCACACUUAGUGCCAUUCGAGCAACAGAUAGUCCAUUUGCGGCACCAAUCUCCCCACCACGCAUGAUGGCAGACAGCAAUGCCAACGUGGUGCAAAUCAUGAAGGAGUUUGGAGUGCGCAAAAUUGUUGUACUACAGGCCUACGGCGCCGGUGCAUCGUGGGAUACUAUGCCCUGUGCAUUGCGUCUGCUUAUGAGCAAAUCCAACAUGAUAUACUCAUAUGAAGACCACAACCUUGCGGAGAAAGAAGUUCGGAACAGUGGUUUGACUUUUGUGCUGGUCAGGCCUUCGCGUCUGGUGGAGACUGAUGUUACUAAGGUCAAGGAGUGGCCAAAGGACGGGAAAGGUGUUGGUCUGAUGGGCAGUGCCAGUCGAAUCAGUGUCGCUCAGUUCUUGGUUAAUGCGGCAUUGGAGGAGAGAUGGGAUAAUACUGCCCCGGUCAUUACCAACUGA